GGGCCCGGGCCUGGGCCGGACCUGGGGGGGGGGCCCGGGGGGCGAAGGUCAGAGGUCAUGGACGAGGCCGCCCUGGAGGGCCCCCUCUUCGUGCACGGCCAGAGUCACCGCUUCGGGGCCAAGAAGUGGAAGAAGACGUGGUCGGUCCUCUACCCGUCCGGCCGGCACGGAGUGGCCCGCCUGGAGUUCUUCGACGGCAAGGGGCCCGGCGGGGCCGAGCGCCCGGGUUCCCGGCGCCUGGACCGCAAGGUCAUCCGCCUGGCCGACUGCGUCGGCGUCGCCCCCGCGGUCCUGGACGGCGUCCCCCGGCCCGGCACGGCGGCCUUCCGCCUCGACACCGCCCGCCGCUCCUACCUCUUCGCCGCCGAGCGCGAGGCCAGCGCCGCCUGGGUCCAGACGCUCCGCCGCAUCGCCUUCCCGGACGGCCCGAGCCCGGGCUCCGCGGACGGCGGUCCGGGCCCGGCGGCGGCCCUGGAGAUGCUGGAGAAUUCCCUCUACUGCUCCAGGGAAGAAGCGUCGGAGUUCUGGGUGACGGUGCAGAGGACGGAGGCGGCCGAGCGCUGCGGGCUCCGGGGCCCCUACCUGCUGCGGACGGAGGAGCGGGGGCUGAGCCUGGCCGAGCCCCGGGCCCGGGAGCCCCUCUUCACCUGGCCCUACACGCUGCUGAGGCGCUACGGCCGCGAUCGGGUGAUGUUUUCCUUCGAGGCCGGCCGGCGCUGCUCCUCGGGCCCCGGGAACUUCACGUUCGAGACGGAGCAGGGCGACCGGAUCUUCCGGGCGGUGGAGUCGGCCAUCCGCCGCCAGAGGCCCGGGGGCGGGGCCGCCGCAGCCGGCUCCCUGGAGGGCGGGAGCCCCCCGCCCCGCCCCCGCCCGGCGGGCGGCCGACCGCGCGGCCCCGGGGGCGACGGGCCGCCCGCCGGCCUCUACGCCGAGCCCCUGGACGCGCUGCGGGCCGUCCCCGCCCCGGCCCGCGACCCCCUGUACUCGGACCCCGUGGACAGCCGGGAGCGGGGCCGGGCCGGGGGCCGGCGGAAGGACCCCCGGCCCUUCCGGGGCCUGUACGAGCACGUCCGGCAGCGGCUCGCGGACGCGUCGCUGGGCGGGCCGGCCGAGCCCGUCUACACCGAGCCCGGGGGCCCCGCCGCCCCCGCGCCCCCCGCCCUCUACGCCGAGGCCGAAGACCCCCGGGAGGCCUGGCGCUGCCGGGCCCGGCCGCGGGACUCCGGCUACGAGUUCCCCUACGACCCCGCCGUCGACGACUACGCCGUCCCGCCCUUCUGCGCCUCGGCCCCCCGCGGCCCCAAGCCCCUCCCCGCCCCCAAG